AUGGCGGCUUCAAUCCAACACUUAUCCCUGAAUGCCAUAUUCAAGGGCAUCCAGCGUGAUGACCAAAAUGUGCCCGUUCAUCAAUUCCUCGGUAUAAAAUACGCCAGUAUCCCGGCACGGUUCGAGAAGGCUGAGCCUAUGCGCGGGUUCAAUGGGGCUAUUGUUGAUGCCUCGAAAUAUGGUCCGAUAUGUCCUCAACCGGAUGUAGAUGUCCGCCAUCUCCUCCGUAUUCCGGAGGACUUCGUCAUUGCCCCCGAGGCAGAGGAUGAAUUCGAAUGCCUAAAUCUAGAGGUUACAUGUCCUCCCAAGUCUUCUACAGCAGGCCCACUUCCUGUUCUUAUCUGGAUACAUGGCGGCUCUCAGAUCGUCACACUCUGCUCUGCUGCCUCCAAGGUUUGUGACCCGACCAAGAUUGUCGCAGAUUCUAUCAAGGCAGGCAAACCUAUCAUCUUUGUGUCCAUCAAUUACCGCCUAAAUAUCUUCAGUUUUGGAGAUGGCAAAGAGAAGAAUUUGGCUUUGAAGGAUCAGCGUCUCGGUAUCGACUGGGUGCGACGGAAUAUCGCUGGUUUCGGGGGUGAUCCUGAAAAUAUCACCUUGUCGGGCGAAAGCGCUGGUGCUAUCUACACCCAUGCCCACCUUAUCACCGGCCCUCCUGUGAAAAGGGCCGUUAUGGCAUCUGGAUCUCUUUAUUUGUCCUCGCCGCUACCGGCUGAAAAGGGAGAUGGCCUUAUCAAAGGGUUAGAAGCGAAGGUCCAAGAGCUUGGCCAAUCUUCCCUGCGCGAAUCCUCCGUUACCGUACUGGUCCAAGCAAUGCGAGAGUGCAACGUAAAUACAAUGUGGAUCCAAGAGGAGGCUGAACUAUCAGAUUGGGAAACCAAACCUGAGCAGGUUGAGGAAGUAAUGAUUGGUGAUGUUGAGUACGAGUCUGCUAUUUGGCGAAACGGCGUCGAGCUUCUCGACGGAGAAACGAUCGCAGCUGCAUUCGACAAUGACAAGCAAUGGGGCACCGGGCUUCGAAAAAUGUACCAAAUUGUUGGUGAUCGCCCAACCGCUGCGAAGCUGGGAGCUCUAGAUCUCGUCAAUGAUGUUCGGUAUACUCUUCCUGUCGAGGUCAUUACCGACAAGUUACUCGCGGCGAACAAGCGUGUCUUCCGAUAUGUGAUCGACCAGUCUAAUCCCUGGCAACCUUCCAGUCGUGCACAUCAUGCCGUUGAUCUGUUGUUUCUCUUCGAUGGCGUUGAUCUAUCCUUCAAUCCUGCGGCUAGCGCUGUUGGAAAGGAGAUGCGGCAGCGUUGGAUUCAGUUUGUCAAUGGUGAUGGACCUUGGUCUACCGAUGCAAGGUUUGCUUUUGGACCUCUGGGUGAGUGCAAGGAGAUUGAUGAAUCGCAGUUCGCUGCCCGUCGAAGAGUUGAGCAUUGCAAGGUGCUCAAGGAAGCAGGAAUUGGCACGUAUAUGCCUAUUGUCUUUGCUUUGACUGCGGGGAGAAUUAGUUUGUUAAAUUAG